CAUUCUUGAACUCAAGAAGACUUCAGCAGAAGAUCUACAAAUGGGAAAUCCGGAGUAGCCUUAUUCCAAAGUGGAGUGCUUCUUAGCUAGAUUCAUGGAAAUUGGAAGGAGGGAACACAGCCCCAUACUAUAAGCUGUAGGCUUAUUGUUGGAUGCUUGAAAAAAGCUGCAACCUUGGUGAGCAAACGGAAAUAAAAAUCCAGUAUCUUGCUUAGAUGGGAUGACAUACAUGAAUGGUAGACCGGGGUGAAAAACAAGAAUGCAAUGUAUAAAACAAGAGACAAUUUUCUCUAUUCAAUCUUAAUUUAAGAUUUAGCAGCAAACUCAAUGCUGACUAUCCUUUUAGAGGUAAACGCAGCUGUGUGUGAGCUGAGGUUGAGAACCAAAGAGGGCUGUGGAAUCACAGAAAGGGAUCCAUUUCAGCUGCAUUUUUCCCUGGCCUGGAAAAACAUGGGUUUAACUACCAGGCUUCUAGACAGUUUACAAAAGAAGGUUAAGAUCCCAUCUCUUGGGUGUAAAAAAGUCCUUGAAUCAAGUCUCAGGAUCUCCAGGUAGAUCUGGAAAAUAUAUCUAUCUGGUGUCCAUUAAUCUGGUAAAUCGAGGUAAAUCCAGAAAUCCAGAUCAGUGCUCUGGAUCAAUACAAGUCAGAAUUCUAGGAUUUUUAUAUGCUGGAAGAAAGGAAGACCAGCUCCAUACCAGCAUAGACCCACUGUCUAUAGCAGCAUUUCUCAACCUUAACAAAUUUAAGACGGGUGGACUUGCAACUUCCAGAAUUCUGGGAGUUGAAGUCAACCUAUUUUAAAGAUGCCAAGGUUGAGAAAUAUUGUUUUACAGUAAUUGGCAGCAAUGUCUCAUCCCAUCUAGCAAAAUAAGGGAAGGAGGUGGAGGAAUUUUCAUGGGGCACAGAGAAGGCAGAAGUCCAUCUUUGUGGGAGUGGCAUAACUGGAGAGGAUGGAAGUAUAACACAUUGUACACUUCAGCUUAUGGGAGAUUGUCUGAAUUGGUCCUCAUAAAACUGAUUUCCUUCUGUAAAAUACAACAUUCACCCAUUCAGAACACAGAGAUUUCUGGUGCCUUCAAAUCAAUGCGAAUCAAUUUACUGCAAGACGCUUUGAUGAUGGUGGUGGGAUUCAAAGUUGCCAGGCAAGAAUGUAGAAUGCAAAUGAGGUGGGCGGGGCUGCAUAGGUUUGUGACAUCUACUGUUCCGGUUUGGGGUGUGGUUUAAUGAGUAACUGGAGGAAAUCCAUGGAUACAUUAAAGAAAGGUAAUUCUUCCUGGAUCUGAUCAGUUGAGUUGUUUUGGUGGUUGACAGAAAUCAAGUGAUUAGGUCACAGAUCUAGUACUGAUGCUUCCAAAGAUGUUGAUGCUUCUUUUCGUCUUCCUGUUGCAAGCCAGUGCUGGGGAGGGAGCGCCAUCCUUUAAUGACACCCUAAUUAUAGGCAUGAGGCUGGAGAAUAGUAGCAAGGCCCAGACAAACAUUUUGGAAAAUGGCAUGAUCCAAGUGAUGGAAGGAAGCCUGAUUCAUCUCCGGAUCUAUGGUGAAGGCAUCCACAAAUUCAGCUGGCAGAGGAUUCGGUUUGUGGAGACUUCUUCCCUGAGUACUUUUGUCAGGAACUAUUCAAUCUGCCCCCAAAGAACAAGUGAUUUAUUGAUACAGCCAAACAGUGAUGAGGUGCAAAAUACUUCUGCAAUACUCUCUGUGAAGGUUCAAAACCUGCGGAAGAAUAUCCGCUUCAAGGACUACAUGAUGUGCCUUGAGGAUCAUCGUGGGAGAUCACGCCAGCUGCUCAAGGAUAGUCAUCUGCUCCUCCGAGUGGUAGAGGACAAAAGUCUGAACCUACCACUCUGGCUUCAAAUUAUCUUAAUACUUGUGCUCUUGUCACUCUCAGCGAUGUUUAGUGGUCUCACCCUAGGCCUAAUAGCCCUUGAUCCUAUGGGAUUGCGCAUUGUGAAAAAUUGUGGCACACCUAAGGAGAGGGAAUAUGCCACCAAGAUUGAACCCCUCCGAAGGAAGGGGAAUUAUUUGCUCUGUUCUUUGCUGCUUGGUAAUGUUUUAGUCAAUUCUUCACUCACCAUAUUGUUAGACACAGUUAUUGGGGAAAACAUGUGGUCUAUUGUGAUCUCUACUAUUGCCAUCGUCCUCUUUGGGGAGAUCCUUCCACAGGCCAUCUGCUCCCGUCAUGGUUUGGCAAUAGGUGCCAAUACCAUCUUCGUCACCAAGUUGGUUAUGGUUAUCACAUUCCCAGCCUCUUACCCUAUUAGUAAGAUCUUGGACUACCUACUUGGGAAAGAAAUGGGCACUACCUACAACCGAGAGAAACUGAUGGAGAUGAUUAGAUUGACUCAGCCUUAUAAUGACCUGCUGAAAGAAGAGCUGAAUAUCAUCGAAGGAGCCCUGGAGUUGAGGACUAAGACGGUGGAAAAUGUCAUGACCCCAUUAAAAGACUGCUUCUUUAUCAACAGUGAUGCCAUCCUGGAUUUUGAUACAAUGACAGAGAUUCUAGAGAGUGGCUACACACGGAUCCCAAUCUACGAGAAUGAAAAGGCUAACAUUGUUGACAUGUUAUAUGUCAAAGAUCUUGCAUUUGUUGACCCAGAUGAUCACACCCCACUCAAGACAAUCACCAAGUUUUAUAACCACCCAAUCCAUUAUGUCUCCAACACUACCACAUUGGAUGCUGUGCUUGAAGAAUUCAAAAAAGGUAAGUCUCACCUGGCCAUUGUCCAAAAGAUGCAUGAGGUUAGCCACGAACAAAUCUCUGAAGUGGUGGGCUUAGUAACCUUGGAGGAUGUCAUUGAAGAAAUCAUCAAGUCUGAAAUUGUGGACGAAUCGGAUAUUUACGUUGACAACCGGUCUAAAAGAAGAGUCACUGGACUAAGGAAGUGGGAUUUCUCUGCUUUCAGGGAUUAUGACGUCGAAGCAAAGAUCUCCAAGCAGUUGCUCUUGGCUGCCCAUCGCUUCCUCUCCACAGAGAUUUUGCAAUUUUUCCCCACCCUCAUCUCUGAAAAAUACCUGCUGCGUCUGCUGAAGCACCGGGAUGUCAUUUGUGAGCUGAAAUUUGAUGAGAACUUCAAGGACUCCCCCCAUCAUUACUUGUACCAAAGGAAUAAGAUGGCAGAUUACUUCAUCCUCAUCUUGCAGGGGAAGGUGGAGGUAGAAGCGUGUAAGGAAAACAUGAAGUUUGAGAAUGGACCCUUCUCCUACUAUGGGGUCAUGGCUCUAGGGCCAUCCAUCCCAACAGGGCUUGAGAGCAGCUCCCUGUCUUGGUUCAGCAGCAUCAACCGGAUCAGCUUUGAACAGAUGAAUUCUGCCAUCAGAAGCAUGAGCACCAGCCAAGUCCUCCCCAGCACCAGCCUGCAAUAUAUGGCUGAUUUCACUGUCCGAGCCCUCAGUGACCUCCUGUACAUCAAAAUCACAAGGGAGCAAUACCAGCACUGUUUAAUGGCCUCCUUAAUAGACACCAAUAGCUCUGGAGAAGCUACUACUAAGACACCUGACCUCUUGAACCCUCUCCCAAGCAACUCUCCAUCCAAUUUGAAGAUGGCUAAGGAAGAGCCAUCUGAAUCAGAAUAAGGUGGUUAAACAGAUCAAUCCAAACAGAUCAUAAGGACCUGAUUCUAAAAAGCCUUCUACUUAAAUCUCAACAUUUACUUUCCAGUUGCCAUCUGAGGUCCUUUGUUUCACAAGAUAAUCAUUUAUCAUCUCCAGGAUGACAAUUUCCACAUUUGGAAGUGAGGGAUCUCUUAUCUACUUAUUUUUCCCCCCAAAAUGGGCUCCGCAUCUUUCUUCAUUUUUGGUUGUUUUAUGCACUGCCACUAAUACAAGCUUUUUUUUCUUUUCUAUUAUCAAUGGGGGAGGAGAACAAUUUUCAUUGAGCCUAUUGCUCAAAAGGGAAAGGAUGAGAAUCCUCUCCUCACAUGCUCCGUUUGCAAUGAGAUUUGCCUGCUUGCACUUCUUACUGAAUUAACAAAAGAAGGCAUUCUUAUUAAUAAAACAAACACAAACAUGUGCUGAGCCUCAGAAAUUUUUGCAUAAACUCUGCUGAAAUGAGUACAAUUUGGCAGCCAUUUCUUUAUUGCAUUAAGUUCUAAUGCUUGAUUCUUCCUAAAAGGAGUACUUUAUAAGAUUUCAGAAUAUAAUUCUGCAGCAAAAACAUGCUUAUUUUUUUUAUAAAACAGAGAAUGCUUAGUGGAUUAUACCUGGAGAAGUGGAUGACAUUUCCUGUUUCAGCUACCGAUUUAACAAGUGGAUUAUAAUUAUUUUUGACUGCUUUCCUAUUUGUACUUUUUCUUAUCAUAAAUCAGCUCACUAUUUAUUUGAGUUUGCCACAGGCCACUUUGAUAGAAAUGCGUAAUUUUUCUUUUUAAAUGUGGAAUUUCUUUACGUAUGAAAUUACGCUACUUGCUCACCUGUAAAAUGAGGUUUCUACUUUUGAGUUGAUAAUAAAAUGCACAUUUA